GAUGAUCCUGUGAUUUUUGUGUGGGCAGACGAUUUCCCCACCCCCACCCCUUCCGAGAAGAUAACCACCAAAAAAAUGAUGUCAUAUCACCCAGUCCCUUAUGCUGCAUGCCACACAGACAAAAAGCAACAGCAGCACCGGUGACAGCCGUAUAACUGAAGCUGUUUCACACACAAAAUGAAUGAUCACAACGAGCAUCGGCUCAAAGCCUUGUCAAGUCAAGUUUCUGCGUUGAAAGGUGUUACCAUUGACAUUUACAAUCGUGCUAGCGACUAUUCCAGAAUUGACCAGGCAAGUGAGGGAUUUGCCGGUCUCCGGGUCUCUGUCUCUAAUGUCGCCGGGCGAUUUGCUCGUGUUGUCAGAACAGCCGGAAAACGUAGCAUCCUCUACAUGGUCUUGAUUAUUGUAAGCGUAGUACUACUGGGGUACUACUCUCUGAAACGGUAUCUGUAGAAGAAACUACCACCAACGAAGAAAAAGAAGAGGACCAUCGUCACCAAGCUGGGCUGUGGUAACGUAGCUGUUGAAGAAACAACAAGCAUAUAGCAUGGAUACACGCCCUUUUUCAAGGAGCGCAGUGUACGAACCAUUUUCACUUAUUAAAGCCAACCAACCGUCAAAUAGCAUCUCCUGACAACAAGUUGCGCGGUUUUAUUACAUAGAAUAGAGGCCGUCGUGUUUUCGACGCGACCAUCCAUCAAAGAACGUUAACGACAACGACAGCAUGUAUCCCUCCUCAGCACUGCACGAGUUGUGCGGAUGGGGGAAGAAACAGCGUGUUUGUGUUGAGCGAGUUAUGUGUGUGUCUGAAUGUGUGGGUGUGUGUGUAUGUGUGCGUGGA